AUGAAAGCCAUCCAAAUCCUCGGCCCCAAAACCUCCCCCGUCGUAACCGUCAACCCGGCCCACCCCCUUCCAGGCCCUCUCCUCAAAACCACUCACCACAACGAAAACAACAACCCCGACACCCAAGAAGACUCAAAAGACUCCAUCACCAACACCCUCCUCAUCCGCGUGCACGCAGCCGGCCUAACAGCCGACGAACUCUCCUGGCCCGAACUCUACGACAACCCGACCCGCAUCCCCGGUUGCGAAAUCUCCGGCGUCAUCGCCUCCCUACCUUCUUCGUCUUCCGCUUCUUUCACCAAUCCUCUCAAUUUAAAGGUCAACGACCCCGUCUACGCCAUGCUCCCGGCCACCCACGGCAGCGGCCAGGCUGAAUACGUCCGCGCCCGGCCGGGAGAUGUGGCGUUACUCCCGGGUACACGCGGACCUGGCCAAAGGUCGUUGAUAACGCAUGCUCAAGCUGCAGCGCUGCCGAUACCGGUGCUGACGGCUUGGGAGGGGCUGUUCACCCAUGCCGUGCCUUUGCUUGCUGGUUCUCUGCAACGCCGGCAGGCACUACAGAUCGGUGAGAGGCACAAAGUCCGUGUCUUGGUUACCGGUGCCUCUGGCGCGGUAGGACGCAUGGUCGUCCAGCUUGCUCGGCGCCGUCUGGCUGAAAUCGAAAUCGAAAUCCUCGCCCUCGCCUCCCCUCAACACCACCCCACCCUCCACCGCCUCGGCGCAACCCACACAAUCGACUACCACAACCCCAACUGGCCGACCACCUCCCACGUCUCCCAGGGUCCCAACCCCAACAUCGACCUCGUCUUCGACACAGCCAGCCCGCAAACCCUCACCCAAUCCUGGCCGACCCUCCGCCCAGACGGCGUACUCCUCACCAUCUCGGACCCCCCGCCCAAAUGGGCGUUUGACAAGUCUGUUACCCCCGACGAAGUAGCGCCCGGCACAGGCAGGGAAGGGGUGAGGUAUGUGUAUUUCAUCGUGUCGCCUAAUGGGCCGGUGCUGGGAGAGGUAGCGGGGAUGUUGGAGAGGGGAGAGUUGGAGGGGGUGCCGGUUGUUGAGUUUGGGGUGGAUGAGGGGGUUGAGGCGUGGAGGUGGGCGGGGGAGAGAGGGAGGGGGGGAAAGGGGGUUGUUGUUUUUGCUUAA